AUGCGCAUGCUCUUCCUCGUGCUCGUCGCGCGCUCGGGAGCCGGAGUGGCGGGGUCGGAGCCGCUGCAACGGCGCGAGUGGCCGCGAGGGGUCGUGCUGGGGCUCGCCAGAGAACGAGGCCACGGCGCGGCGCUCGCGGCGGCGCACGGGGCAGCUUUGAGCAGUGCAGCGCCUCAACAUCAGCUUCAAGCAGUGCAGCGCAACGCCAGUGGCCUCUCUGGAGCUGUGCGGCGGCUGGCGGGCCUGUGCGACGGCGCCGAUCCGUGGGCUCGGGACGCGCAGUCGGCUCGCGUGCCGGUUGCCGAGUCAGCCUGGCUGGCGAGAAGCGCCAAGGCCUUCCCUGCAUUCUGGGCGCUGCCCAGAAGUGCGCAGUGCCUUUGCUGCGCCGACGGGCGGCCUCGAUGCGGAUCGCCGCGAGUGGCGUGGGAGCCUCCAGUGGCACGGUCGUUGCCCAACUUUGACUAUCGAUUGCCGCCGACGGAAAUCUUUAAGUUUUGGACGUUCCUGAGCGGUUUGGGAGCACAAACCUCUACUUUAGAGCGAUUUUUGGCGUCCGCUGACCUCUCGCGUGGUGAAAAUAUUCUCAAUAUUCGAGAAUAUUCUCGAGAAUAUAGAUGGUCUGGCGAGAAUAUAAGCAAAAGAAUAUAG